CUUCCACUUGUAACCGAUGAUACAGAUUCGAUCCUUACUAUCGUGGUUAUAGUUCCACGGCUGAUCUCGUCUAUCUUGCAGUGUUGCAUUCGGUAUGGUCGUGAGGAGACUUUUCCGUCUCCCCCUCAACUUGAUCAUUCUUUUUACCUAAGAUCGUCUGCUUCGCUAUACUUUUUCGUUAUUAUCUUUGGUGUUCUUAUUCGUCAUACCUGCUUCUUUAUCUCGGUCUUUUCUUAUCAAUCGCCUCUCUCCUCGUUUCACUCUCGGGGAACUCCACUGGUGACACUGGAGAACGCAAAAUAAAAGAGAAGAAAAAAGGAAAGGAUCGGUCAUAAUCUUGCAGACUGUAAAGUGAAAGAACUCAAGUGGGGAUAUCGUUCGACUACGUUAAGUGGGGUCUCCCAGUCGGUCCGCCGGUUUUUCUACACUCUCUUUCGCACCUCCCGGUUCGCAAAACGCUGCCGACACCGUUUUUCAAACCCGCGUUCGAGUUCGAUUCCCUCUGACGAUCGGUCCUUGCAUGGCCAGCGAUGGCCUCCGACACAAAAUCAUUCGAUGGGGCAAAGACGACCGCCGACGAUGCUGUCCAGGUUGACCCCCCGUCCCAAGAGUUGAACGACAUGGACUGCGAGAAGCAUGGCGCCAACAGCGAGUCCAAUCCGCUGCCGGAUCUCAAGCGGAAGUUGAAGAGCAGGCAUCUGCAGAUGAUCGCUAUCGGCGGUACUAUCGGCACCGGUCUCUUCAUCAGUAGUGGCACCGCGAUUGCCAAUGGCGGUCCCGUCGGCGCCCUGAUCGCCUACCUCUUCGUCGGUUCCAUCGUCUACUCCGUCAUGACUUCGUUGGGCGAGAUUGCCACCUACAUCCCCAUUCCUGGAGCAUUCACCGCCUAUGCGGCGCGCUUGAUUGACCCCAGUCUCGGUUUUGCCAUGGGUUGGAUCUAUUGGUUCUCCUGGGCCAGCACAUUUGCCCUGGAGCUGACGGCAACGGGCCUCAUUAUCCAAUUCUGGGACCAAUCGAUCAAUAUCGCUAUCUUCAUCGCCAUCUUCUGGGUCGUGAUCACCCUGCUCAACUUUCUUCCGGUCAACUUUUAUGGUGAACUGGAGUUUUGGUUUGCUAGCAUCAAGGUGAUCACGGUGAUCGGGUUCAUGAUCUUUGCGAUUUGCGUCGAUGCCGGUGUUGGAGACAAGGGGUAUCUGGGGUUCCGUUACUGGGUGGACCCGGGGCCGUUUGUCCCGUAUGACUCGGUCCAGUCCGAUUCGACGGCUAAAUUCGUUGGGUUCUGGGCCGUGUUGAUCCAGGCUGGUUUCUCGUACCAGGGGACUGAACUCGUGGGUAUCGCAGCGGCCGAGACCGAGAAUCCCCGGGAGACCGUGCCCUCGGCCAUCCGCAAGACCUUCUUUCGGAUCCUGUUCUUCUUCGUGUUGACCAUUUUCUUCAUUGGUCUGAUCGUGCCGUCCGACGACAGCCGCCUUCUCACGGAUGGCAAUGAUGCCAACUCCUCGCCGUUCGUCAUCGCCGCCCGGCUUGCCGGGGUCCGCAUCCUGCCCCAUAUCAUCAACGGCGUGUUGCUGACGGUGGUGCUCUCCGCGGCCAACUCCAACGUCUACAGCGGGAGCCGUGUGCUGAUCGGUCUGGCCCAGGAGGGUCUGGCACCGCGGAUCUUCAAGAAGACCAACAAGCACGGCGUGCCCUACUACAGCGUCGCGUUCACCGCUGCCUUCGGGCUCCUUGGAUUCAUGAAUGUCUCCAACGCCGGCAGCACGGUGUUCAACUGGCUCCUUAACAUCUCCGGCGUGGCCGGAUUCAUCACGUGGGGGUCGCUCAACGCCUGCCAUCUCGCCUUCAUGCGGGCUCUAAAGACACGUGACAUCUCUCGCGAUCUCCUCCCAUACAAAGCCAUCUGGCAGCCGUGGUACUCGUGGUACGGGCUGUUCUUCAACACCCUCAUCAUCAUCACGCAGGGGUUCACAGCGUUCAUCCCGACCUUCAACGUCACAGACUUCUUCAUCGCGUACCUCAGCUUGAUCCUGUUUGUGGUGCUCUACGUGGGGCACAAGGUCAUCGCGCGGCCGUCGUUUGUCCGACCGGAAGACGCGGACAUAGACACGGGGCGCACGAUGCUGGAGAAUGAGAUGUGGGAGACGACGCCGCGGACCAAAUGGUACAAGCGUGUGUACAGUGCAGUUCUGGGGUAGGCUUACCGAGCCAUCCCGUAUUUUGAGCGUGUUUUUCGAUUCUUUCUGUCUUUUUUUUUUUUUUUUUCUUU